UCAGUUCACAAGAAGUAGACUACACUAGAAAUGACCUUCAAGGCUCUUAUCUUCCUCGCCGCUUGCUUGGCAGUAGCCUCUGCGACUCUCAUCACUCCCUACGUCGUUGGAGGAGACGAUGGAUCAUACUGGCGCGGCAAGUACGACCUCAGGGAAUUCCAUGCAGCACUUCCUUCAGUUCGUGGAGGAAUCUGGGCUUACCCAUAUGCUCAAGCUUACGCCCACUUGGGUUGAUAAGACGUUCAUAAUUUUUUUUUUUUUCAAUAACGAAUAUUUAUUAAAGUUACCAAUAAUAGAUCUUUUAUAAUAAACAGUUCAAAAAUA